UUUAUAGCCAUAAAGGUAUAGUUACCACCCUUUACUUGCGUGUCAAGAUCAACUCUCCUCAGGUUGUAAUCUGCUUUACUUCAACAGGCGCUUUGUCUGGCCCGCCCACAUUAGACUCUGAUUGGCUCGCUGUAUCCCUUCGAAAGCACUCAUUGGUUUAACGAGGUGUCUAUCACAGCGGUUUUGCCUUGAGCACAGGAAAGUAUCUGUACUCCUGCUAUUGUCAGCAAUGCUGCUCUUCUGUGGAGCUGGUGUUAAUACCAGGAGACACUAUGCACUUGGCUGGAGUGAUCCUUUAUUGGGCGUGACCAUUACAGUUUGACAUUAAAAAGCCACAGCACCAACAUCAUGGACGAUGAUAAUAAUUCUCCUGCUCGGUUCACUGAUGACACAGCAGUGUCCAUUGUGUCUGUAAAAGGCCUGAAGGACAACUGGCAGAAGUGGUCUGAUAAUCACCAGGAACACCAGAAGCAUAACCCCUUCAGUCACGACAGCAGGUCCAUGGCAGUGGUCCCUCAGAGGGGACAGGACGACUACGGGAGGCCCCUGCAAGGCUCGUUGACUGCACGGCGUGGGGAGGAUGCUCACACACACAUCAGCAGGGAGGUUGAGGAGUUGUGUGAAGUUAUAAAAAAGAUUGGGGAGCAGAGAUACAAAGACAUACGUGGCAGAGUGAUCACUGUAAAAUUUGGCAAGCUGUUUGAGCAUUACGUGACUAUCUCCAACAAACUGGUGGGGAUUCUUCUACGAGCCCGAAAGCAGAAGCUGGUUGACUUUGAGGGUGAAAUGCUGUGGCAAGGGAAGGAUGAUGAUGAAGUGAUUACUCUGUUGCAAUGAUCAACAAUGUACGAUUUGUUGUAACCACAUAUUUAGGCUAGAUUAGGUCAUGCCAUUUAAGGUAGCAUAUGCCAAACUUUUAUUCAGCAAAGAAACAUAACAUAUUAUGCAACGCCAAAUAUUGAUGUAUAUUAGACCAGUGGUCCCCAACCACCGGUCCGGGGACAUUUGCUACCAGGCCAUGGAGAAACAUUAAAUCAUUCAUAAAUGACUGCAUUUUGUCCGACUUAACUUCCGCCUGUCCCACUAGACACACCAAUAAGUGUGUUUAUAUAUGUACAAUAACACUCCUCAUAGUAAGUUGCCAUUUGUUGUAUUUUUUAUAGCUUUGUGACAUGAUACAAUGCACAUUAAUGAACACAUAACAUAUAAAUGUGACAGAUUGUAGCCAAAGGCUGAUUUCCAUCUCUUUGCAAAGAAACAAGCCCAGAGCUCCCACUAAUUCAGCGUUAAAGUGAGUUGUAUUUUUCAUGCACUUAUUUUUGCUGUAUUUAUCUGGCACAAGUGGAAAGCCGGUCCAUGAAAAUAAUGCCUACAUUACACCGGUCCGUGGUGCAAAAAAGGUUGGGGACCACUGCAUUAGAUGACACCAACACUGCUUUAUAUAUUGUAGAAGCAGUGAAGAGCCAAUUCUUAUUUGCCAUGCAUGUGUUCCUCAUGUUUUAGCAAUGAUGGGGAUGAGUAAACAUUUUAUUUUAUAUAAAGUUGCAAAAAUGGUGCUGUAGGAUAGACUUCAUACAACUUAUUUAUAAAACACAUUUUUAAAUAUGCUUUAUAACAACACAAUAUCUGCACUAGGAGUUUGAUGGAUACACAUCCACAAUAUGACUGAAUAAAUAAAGUAAAGUACAUUUAUGCUGUGUUUUUUUCAUGAUUGUGAGUGCAGGCAAUAAAGUAAU